UGUGCUCCGCCCCCGGCUCGAGGCUUUUGUAAAGGGUCACGUUGCGUUGCAGCAGUGAAACAGCAGACUCCCCUGCAUCCUCAGCACCCAGCUUACCUGCCCUCUCUACGAAGAGACACCCACCAGCAGCCAUCAUGACUCACCAGUACCCCGCACUGACUCCUGAGCAGAAGAAGGAGCUGCAGGGCAUCGCUCAGAGGAUAGUCGCUCCAGGAAAGGGCAUCCUCGCAGCUGAUGAGUCCACCGGCAGCAUGGCCAAACGUCUGAACCCCAUCGGGGUUGAGAACACGGAGGAGAACAGGCGCCGUUACCGCCAGCUGCUCUUCACAGCCGACGAGCGCAUUGACAAAUGCAUUGGAGGGGUCAUCUUCUUCCACGAAACCCUCUACCAGAGCACAGAUGACGGCACUAACUUUGCAAAGCUCAUCAAAGAUCGCGGCAUUGUUGUUGGCAUCAAGGUGGACAAAGGUGUUGUGCCCCUGGCUGGAACAAAUGGAGAGACCACCACUCAGGGUCUGGACGGGCUGUCUGAACGUUGUGCACAGUACAAAAAAGACGGCGCAGACUUUGCUAAGUGGCGCUGUGUGCUGAAGAUCAGCGAGACCACGCCGUCUGAGCUAGCCAUCUUUGAGAAUGCUAACGUCCUGGCAAGAUAUGCUAGCAUCUGCCAGCAGAAUGGUAUUGUUCCUAUUGUGGAGCCUGAGAUCCUUCCUGAUGGAGAUCAUGACCUGAAGCGCUGCCAGUACGUCACUGAGAAGGUUCUAGCUGCCGUGUACAAGGCUCUUUCAGACCACCACGUUUAUCUGGAGGGGACUCUGCUGAAACCCAACAUGGUCACAGCCGGACACUCCUGCCCCAACAAGUACAGCAGCGAGGAAAUCGCCAUGGCUACCGUCACUGCCCUGCGCCGCACUGUGCCUCCUGCAGUUACAGGAGUGACCUUCCUGUCUGGUGGCCAGUCUGAGGAGGAAGCCAGCGUGAACCUUAAUUCCAUCAACAACUGCCCGCUGGCCAAGCCUUGGGCCCUGACCUUCUCCUACGGCCGCGCUCUGCAGGCCUCCGCCUUGAACGCAUGGAGAGGAGACCUGAACAAUGAGAAGGCCGCCACCGAAGAGUUCAUCAAGCGUGCUGAGGCAAACGGUCUGGCUGCACUUGGCAAUUACGAGUCUACAGGAGCCGGUGGCGCCGCAGGGCAGUCCUUGUUUGCGGCUAACCACGCCUACUAAACAUCUAACGACCACACUUAACGGUGGCCUAGUCGUAGUCUUAUAUCUGCUCUGCUAUUUCCCUCUUUACUCCUCCAUCAAUCACUGGCCUGCGCUGUCUGCUGUACUUUAAAUUGUCAGAGUUAUCAAAAGUACUUUAUUAGAUAUGUGUGUUUAAAAACAUAAUGUGAAACUAUAAAGGGAACAAGCUUGUUUUUCUUUCAUUUUAAUCAGACAAAUCAAAAAAGAUUUUAAACAAUUCAUAACUGAAGUUAAAGCAACAACUUGUCGUUUCAAACUCUAAAGCUCAGAGACGGGUAUGUAGAAGCUGCAAAAUUUAAAGUGGAUCAAGAUAAUCAGCCAGUAUUUAUCAUGCCUCUUUUUAACCACACCACCUCCCCCAUUUGAUACAUCUUGAGCCCCUCCCAAGCAGGGAAAGGUGAAUGUCAGUGUUUUGCUUCUGUCUGAACGCAUUAUUGCCUCGUCUUUAAACUGCUACACUAACAUCCUUCCUGACAGCGGGACCAACCGACUACUAGUGGCAUCAGUGUGUCUGUUAUGGGGCGAGACUCUUCAGAUUGAGUCGGAUGUUUUUAUGGCGUUGUACUGUGUUCUACUUUCAGACAGCUGUAGCUCCAGCAGAGGUCAGCAGACCCUCUGUGAUAGAACGACUACACACCGGGAUUCAUUCUAACCUUUCUGUUCACGCUUUUGAUCACCACUAAUCAGAGAAAACAUCUUGUGUGUCUAAUCUCAGUAUAACAUUAGCUUUAAAUUACACACAGUACUUAAUGUAUUCAGUUGUGUGAAGGUGUCAAUAUCAUUUGAUGCUCGUGUGUUCCCAUCUCCCCCUGAUUCCCCCCCGCUCACCCCACAGGGAGAGGAGAUGGUUUCUGUUAACAUGGACCAGUGUGUGGGGUCAGCACGGGGAAACAGUCACUGCUGUGUUGGAUUACUGUGAUGUUUGUGAUGUUAAUAUAUUGUUCUUGAAGCACUUGGUGUGUCAAAUAGUGGAGACCAAUAAAACUAAAAGAAAAUAUAA